CAUAUCUCUUAGGCUGACUAAUCUCUAUUCAAGUUUCAUCUUGUAGUGAGUCAGUGAUAAUACCUACUGUCUGUCCUCAUUUAUUCUUCGAGAUAUUGUUUAAAACCUCUGAAAACAUAGUUCAAGAUGAGUAUACAGUGGACAUUAGUUGCAACUUUUUUAUACGCUGAAAUAGCUUUAGUUUUGUUAUUUGUUUUACCGCUAAUUUCCGCUAGAAGAUGGAAUGCUUUACUUAAAUCCCGUUUCCUACAAGUAUUAUCCAGGCAAGCAUUAUGGUACUUCGGUCUUAUCGUUUUAGUUCUCGUUUUAUUUUUGCUGGAUUCCAUUCGUGAAAUGAGGAAAUACUCAAGUAUGGAACCUCAUGAACACUCUCAUUUGGAGAAUGAACUACAGAUCAGUAUGAGACUGUUCAGAGCUCAGCGCAAUUUCUACAUCUCUGGCUUCUCUCUUUUCCUGACUCUUGUCAUAAGAAGAUUUGUUCAACUUAUAUCCAAACAAGCAGAAUUAGCUGCUGAGAAUGAAGCUGUUCUUAAACAGGCUAAAUCGGCUAGUGCUGCUGCCCGUUCUUUUAUGCAAGGAUCAGGGGAAGAUGCUCAAAACAGUUCUAAUGAAGCACAUCAAGUAGAAUUAAAUAAAUUGACAGAAAAAAUUGAUGCACAAGAAGAGGAGAUAGAGCGCUUGAAGAAGGAUAAGGAUGCUGUCAUAUCUCAAGCCAAGUCUUUGGAAACGGAAUAUGACAGGCUCAAUGAAGAGCACAGGAAACUACAGCUGAAACUGAAGGUAGAAGGAGAAUCUGUCAAAGAUAAAUAAAACUCAAAGAUUUAGCAUUUAUGGUGGUUUUAAAAAAAUAUUUUGUUGAAUUAAUUAUUGUGCCUUUAUGUAACACAUAUUUACAUUUAUGUUUAUCUGAGUCUUAUUUAGAUAGCCAGUAAUAGGGUAAUUUGAUUCAGUUAAUCCUUAUUUUUCAUCUAUGUGAGGUGCUCUGCUUGUGAAUAAUCAAUUGUAAAUUUCUAAAAUUAGAUAUUUCUCUUUUUUAAAAAGAUUUAUACUUUUUCAUUCAACACAGUAGAUUCAAAGUUAAUUUCAUCUCUUUCGAAAAGUGAAGAAUUAAGACAGGUGUUUUUAAAAUUGUAUUAAAUGUUCACCUCUCAUGUUUAAUGCCUCAUAUUGAAUAACUCAGGUCGUUUAAUAAAUAUUAUUUUUUAUUGUCAAUGAUUUCUGGACUGCGGAUAGUUUAAAUGUGUCAUGGACCAUUUUAAGAGUUUAUGUAUGUAAUAUAUAAACAAAAUUGUUGAUAAUUGCCUAUCUAUUAGGCAUAUAUUUCUGUUACUUGGGACUAUUGCACAACAUUGUGAGUAGAUCAUUAUUGCAGAAUGGGAUGUUACCAUAAUAAAAAUUUUGUGAUUGAGGAGUAUUAUCGUGGAAGAAGUUAUAUUGCAUAGGAACUAUACAUGACUUGUAUUAUAAAAAACUAUUAUUUUUAAAAUAUUUAUUCUAUUAAUUUCUAAUGUAAUUGUUAAUAUUCUGUCUUGCUAAAAUUACUCAUAAUUAAUAAGACUGGGAAAGAUUGUUUUGGGUUAUAAUUUUGAUAUUUCUGUAUUUAUUUUUAUUUUUGUUUUCAAUAAAAAAGUAGUUUUAAAAUUUAAAAAAUAAUUUGUAUUUGCCAUGUUUCUUUUCUGUAAUGAAUGUAUUUACCUAACCCUCCUGAAACCUGUUUAACAUAAACAAAAUCAUAUCCAACUAUUUAUGACAAGAAUGAAGUUAAUAGAUUUAGUAAAGUAAUUAAUUAUUUAUUAUAAUUAUGAUACUUUAUUUACAAUGGCUCCAUAUAAUUUAGAAUAUUUCCUUUUUCGACCAAUCUCAAGAUUAGUUACUAAUGAAUAUAUUGGAAGUGCAACCUUGAAUUAUUUUAAAAUAAAUUUAACAUAUUUUUAGAAAAC